CUUCCGGCCGCCAUCUCGCUACGGGUAGCCCCGCGUGUAAUAGUCAAACGCGUGCUUCACCCGCCGUUCUCGUCUUUUAUCCCUCUCCGGCUCCUCCGCUUCCGCUCUGGGAAGAUGAAAGAAACAAUCAUGAACCAGGAGAAACUCGCCAAGCUGCAGGCUCAAGUGCGCAUCGGUGGCAAGGGUACUGCCCGCAGAAAGAAGAAGGUUGUCCACAGAACAGCUGCAGCAGAUGACAAAAAACUUCAAUUUUCAUUGAAGAAACUGGGAGUCAACAAUAUUUCUGGAAUUGAGGAGGUAAACAUGUUUACUAACCAAGGAACAGUCAUUCACUUCAAUAACCCUAAAGUUCAGGCAUCUCUGGCUGCUAACACUUUCACUAUCACGGGCCAUGCUGAGACAAAGCAGCUAACAGAAAUGCUUCCUAGCAUCUUAAACCAGCUUGGAGCUGACAGUUUGACCAGCCUGAGGCGAUUGGCAGAAGCCCUACCCAAGCAAUCUGUGGAUGGAAAAGCACCACUUGCUACUGGUGAAGAAGACGAUGAUGAAGUUCCAGAUCUUGUUGAAAACUUUGAUGAAGCUUCAAAGAACGAGGCAAACUGAACUAAGCGUCACUUUCUAAAUGAAGUUAAAACCUUGAAAGGCAAUAUGGAGCUGCUGUUUUAUAUUGUGACUGUUUCGAUUGUAUUUCCUGAUGAUAUCUCAACAUCUGUGAUAUUUGAAAACUCCUUGAACCUGCAGCUCUUUAGUUACUGCUUGUACACAAUAUUAUUUUUGUGGCCUGAUUGAACAAACUUAUGCUUUGAAAUAAGUCAGAUUGCUAAUGAAUCACUGUCUAAACACAAUUUUUGAGUUACUUGUAUAGAAGCUAAACAUCAUCUUUACUGAAUUUUGGCAUACAAUAAAAAUACAAAGAAAC